AUGACAAUAUCCUACUCGGGAAAUUUCCUACGAUUGCUUUUACGAUGGAAAGGCUCGAUCUGGAGGACGGCCUGGAAAGAACUCGUCGUUUAUCUCGUCUUUUAUUUCGCUGUCCGAUAUUUCUACCUCGCUGGUAUUGACUUCAUAGACGAUGAUGAGGAUGAUCGCAAGAAAAAUGAGGUC